UCCAAGAAUGAAUUGCUCAACUGCCAUCACCAUUCUACUGUUGCUUGGGUAUUGUGCAGCUUUCUCUAACGCUGCUCCUCGAGAUGAAAAUGAGAGUCUACGUUGUCACUGUACCUAUAAGGAAGAAAGAAAGAUACCCACCAAGCAAAUAACAAAGGCCAUUAUCUAUCCCAGCAGUACAAGAUGCAAACAUACAGAAAUAAUAGUGACAAUUACAUCUGGUUAUGAAAUCUGUGUCAAGGUGACGGCUGCUUGGGUGAAGAAUCUCAUUGAUUACUUAUUGGAAAAUUCAACAGCAGGGAAUAUAUCUUAAAGUGAUUCAGUGUUAUCAGAUUCAGACUCUUUUAUUUAUCAAAUGAAACGCUUGUUUAUGUCAACAACCAACACAUCCUAAGGAUGUGCUGGGGCAGUCCGCAAAUGUCACCACAUUUUCCAUUACAACAAAAAAAAUUCUUUGGUGGUGAAACAUUCUUUAUGUGCAAACUGACUAUAAUUCUGGGAACAUGUUGUACAUCCAAUAUAAAUUGCUCAUUGUCAUGUACAGCCUACUAAAAUUAGCUAUAAAUGUCUGCCACUAUUAAGAAAUGUCAGGUUAAAUUUGGACAAAUUGGUGAUAAGAUCUAUUUUCCUCCAGGUUUAAUGUGGCAUUUGUCAGGUGUGCUUGCUCUUCUUCUGAUGAUGAUCACAGUUAGCCAGACUAUACAAAACUCUGGCUCAUUCAAUGAUCAAACCAGAAUAUUAUUUAUGGACUUUACAGCAUGUUUUCUUUCCACUGAGGUUUCUCUGAACAAGCAGGAGAAUCCUCAGAUAAGCUCCACCUUCCUAAUGAGGCUUAUGGUGUUAACUCAUCAAGCAAUAAUUAAGUUAUUGGUGUAACUGUCUAUGGCAUUGGAAAAAAUCUAGCUUUACAGACUGGCCAAUGACAGAAAAUGCCUAUAGUACAGAACUGGCUUUUUGUCCUGUCCCUUCAUUAAAUUCAUACCCAAGUUCUCAUUGCACCUGUCAUAGUAGUCACCAUUCUACUAAUAACCACACA